AUGGGAAGAAAACGAAAAACGCGGGCUAGGGACACAUUCGAUUGCGAGGAGCACCCCUCCUGGGUUCCUCGGGAAGAGCAGCGCACCCGGUUGGAGGAACAUACCACCUACGAGGCGGGCGUCGCAGGCGACAUCCACACAUCCACCAGCUUCGUGAACGUCCCCCUUUCACCGCACAAGAAGGGGGCAUCUCGUCCCAUCGCCGAUGAAGAUACGAUCCUUGAGUACUCCAACCUCGAAGAUUUCUUCAACGGGCCGGAGGUUGGUGACAAGGAAGAGUCUGUUGAGGUGGAUGGGUCCGGACGCGAGAAGAAGAAGCGGCACUACGCGUCCGACCAUCCCUUUUUGGGUUUCGUCGACGAGGUCGACACGAUACUGGACGAGCUAUUGAGAUUGGAGACAAUAUCGACUCCCCCUUUGGAGUGCGAGGCAUGCGGGUUGACUCUGGAUGAUGAUUUGCAGGCCUUUCGCUGCGAGGACUGCUUCUCAUCGGAGCUUUAUUGUCGCCUGUGCUUGGUGGAGCGCCACGCGUCCUCUCCUUAUCACUCUAUCCAUGCUUGGAACGGGGCAUUCUUUGAAAGAGUUACCCUCAAGUCUCUCGGUUUACGCGUUCAGCUUGGGCACCCUCCCGGAACUACUUGUCCUGUACCGGCUCGCGCGUUUAACGACGACUUUGUUGUGGUGUCUUCAGACGGCAUCCAUUGUAUCGGCCUGGACUUCUGUGGCUGCCUUGGAGCACCUUCCCACUUUGUGCAGCUCCUGCGAGCACGACUAUUCCCUGCAACUACGAUCGACCCCAAAACGGCGGCCACCUUCGACGUCCUCAAGACCUUCCAGAUGCUGUGCUUCACGUCCAAGAUAUCCGCUUUGGAGUAUUACAAGGCUCUCGCUCGUCGGUCAGAUAAUACCGGGACUCUCAAGAUUCCGGACCGCUACGUGCCUUUCCUUAGGAUGGUACAUGUGUGGAGACACGUGCGUGUUUUGAAGCGAAAAGGACGCGGACAUGACGCCGGUGGGAGCUGGGGAACCGCACCUGCAGCAUGUGCUGUAUUGUGCCCCGCCUGUCCCUACCCUGGCAUCAAUCUCCCCAAGGGUUGGGAGAGGUGCCGUCCCGAGAAGAGGUUUAUUUACCAACUGUUCAUCGCGUUGGACGCCAACUUCCGCCUCAAGCGGCAGGCUGUAUCUAGCGACGAAAACGACCCCGGGCUGAGUCAUGGGUACGCUUAUUUCGUGGAGGAACGACAGUUCAAACAUCACUUGACCAUCUACAACACUCUCAUUGAAGACGACAAGAGUACGUGCAACAACCACGACGCCAUCAAAUCGGCCAGUAUCCGCGGCGGAAGAGGGACUGCAGCCAGCGGAAUCGGGACCGCCCAGUGCAGCCGCCAUGACAUGGCCCGCCCUCUGGGUGUUUGUGAUUUGCAGAAGGGUGAACGAUAUGUGAACAUGGAUUAUGUUUUCCUCUCCACGCUCUGCUUUCUGGCUCCGUUGUGGGUGGUCGUUUCGCACGACAUCGCAUGUCAAUGGUCGAAGAAUCUCGCGGAUCGCCUCAAGAAGUACCCCCGCCAUCUGACGGCUUCCGUUUUGCAACUGGCUUUUGUGUUCCUCGUCCCAAAGUUCCAUCUCCCGGCCCAUGUCAGCGAAUGUCAGACGGCGUACUCUUUUAACUUUACCAAAGGGGUAGGCAGAACAGACGGGGAAUGUCCCGAGCGUUCUUUCGCGGACACGAACAAGCUGGCAUCCAGCACUAUGCAGAUGGGUCCUGGUUGUCGCAGAGACGCUUACGACGAUCACGCGGGUGAUCGUAAUUGGAAGAAGACGACCCAGAUCGCGGAAACAUUAAAGGAUCGUGCAUUAGAGGCUUUGGCUAAACGCUCAGAGAUGGUAACGGCUUUCCGAGAGUUCUCAGCGGCAUUGGAGGAGUCGCCCAAGGGGUGGACAACAUUGGUUAAGGCUUGGGAGGCCGACAAUUCGAAGCCAAACCCUUUCUCGUCCCCUAAAACACAUCUGACACCGAGUGCUGUUCGAUUGAAGCUAGCGGAGGAAGAGGAGAAGGCCGCGAAGGAUGGAACACUGUCGUCGCCUCAUUCUGAGUUGACACCCAGUGUGUUCAUCUUCCAAGGUAUCGAGCUCGAGGAUGGCCCAACGCCGCCUGUUGUCCUGCAACUCUCUACUGCCGUUCAACGGCGGAUCAACGCCUGGAUCUCCGUCCAGGGUUCCUUCAUGCCCCAGGCGUCAGCGCAUCGAGCUUCGAAGUCUGGUCCUAACGACCCGACGGAAAAGGUGGCUCUGUACCUGCCCUCGUCGAUUUGUGGGUCGAUCACUUGCGACAAGCGGCUUAUCGAGUGUGAACAGCGUUUCCGCGUGGCUCAGGCCGAGACGGCACUGCACGAUAUUCGUGUGGUGCUCAUGUUCCGCUCUCAACUUUGGAAGUCGAAAAAACGAUAUGCUAGCGGAACUAGACAGCAUACGCGGAGCAACGUCGUCCUCGACACUCUGAAGGUCAAACUUAACCGCUUGGCAGUGAAGUACCGGUUUCUCCGGGCUGCCCUUGUCAACCUGUCACUGAUAUCGGGAGAUGUCAGCUGGCAGGACAGUUUGCGGGUACUCGCGGAUGACGACGUCAAAGCGCUGACGGGGGACGAUGAGGCAUUAGGGGAGGGACACAGGGUGCUCUCGUGGAUUUGGACGACGGCGGGGGUGGGAGAUUCGAUGGAGGGUUUUGUGGCUACCGAGCUGCGUGUGGAAUGGUGCAAAACGCGUGCGCGUACACAUCGUUGGCAGGAGGAGUGCAUGCUCCUCGCAGAGGAGAUGAGGCGGGUAUUGGAAUUUUGGAAGUACGAGAUCAAGGUCUGGGAGAAGCGAGCGGCUGCUUGUGCCGAAGACCCGCACUUCGUAACCCCGGGGCAGACCGAGUUCAACACUGUACCUGAGAUUUGGCAGUCGGAGGUCGACAAGCUAAUGGUCGUCCGGGACGGGAAGGUGGCUUACGCUCGGCGUCAGAUUUCGAUCCGCAGGCGAAUGUUGGAAACGGCGGAGCGGUUGUGGGGUGACAUACGCGAGAGGCUCGUGGUUUUUGAAGGGCGCAGUGGUUUUAUACCGGUAGAGGCGAACGCUGACGACGAAGUGGUAUUUGAGGAUAACGAUGAGGAACAGGAAGAGGGAGGGAGGGUAGGCGGUUGA